GGGGCUUCCGUGGAGUUGUCUGAAGUGAGGCCUGUAUCACCGCCAGCGAACAGCCAGUAUUUUCCCUACUGGGCACUUGUUCAGUUUGGCUUCAUCCACCCAAAUACCUCCUGGAACAUCUCUUCAUUCUUAGCAUCUGCAGGUGCUGUAGCCCCUUCUCUAACCAUGUCAGGGAAGAAAACUUCCCCAGAGAUAGAGACAUCCUUGGAGUGGCAAGUGCCAAGCCAGGCACCAUAUGUGCCACAGCCUUUGGAGUUCCCUGAAUCAUGCACUAGCAGAAGUGCACAUUUGCUUGAUAGGAGCCCCUCAACUGAAGUUGGAGACAUUUCCAAGAGAGCUUCAUUGCAGACUUCCACUCACCUCUUGGCCUUGGAUACAACCCAGGAACAACCAGAGAAGCAGAACCCGGAUGAGAUGAGAAGCAAGCAUGCAAGGCUUCUAGAUGCCCAUCACAUCUUAGCAGGUAACCAAGAUCUGCCUCUACUCACCUUAGCGACCCAUGGCCCUCUCCAGCUGAUGCCCUCUGGUGAUCCUCCAAGCCAAGAAAAGUCUGGUUCUGAAGAUGCCCUGUGGAGCAAGUGCCACCUGAGUCUCCAGGACCCAGGGAAUCUUGACAAGGGAAGUAAGUGUAGUCCGGGGUGGGCAGAUGUUGCCGUCCUGGUGGAGGACAUUCAUCUUCCCCAGAUAUUUCAUCCCUUGGAAGAUCUUGACCAGUGCAAUCAUCCCACAGCCAUCAAAGCUGGAGACACUAGAGUCAUCAAGGUGAAUAAGGUGCAGGGGAACUCAGGCAUCCCAAAGGGUCCCUCACCUCAAGUGAGGAAGAACAAAUAUAAAACCUUCAGGCCAAUCACUGAAGCUCCUGAGGCUAAAGUCAGGCUGAAGGACCCUGAGAGCCUGGUAAGGGGAGAAGAGCUCAUUUGCAGUGGAGCAGCCAGUGAUAGGGCUUCCAUGGACAUGGCUAAGUCGAGGAACAGCAAACCCCUGAGUGUAGCAGCUAGCAGGAACAGCCAAGCUAAGGGUUGUGGGCAAGCUAGGGCCAAGAGGAUCAGAGAAAACAAAAGCAACAAACUCAAGGAGGAAGGAAAACCAAUCAUUCACUGCAUGAAGCGCAAGAGAAACCAAUUCGCAAUGGGCCAAGAGGCCUUUAAAAUGCCUCGCACCUGUCUAGGCAUGCAUAUGCUUGAGUCUGUGCAGGUUUUCCAUCCAUUAGGGAGGAAGGCAGAUAAGAUAGCAGGCUCUUUUCCCUCCUGGGCACUAGGAAAACUGAGUAUUACCAAAGACCCCAAGACAUCACCAACAUCCAAACCAUAUCAGAGGGCCCCACAGGAGGGGAAGGGGCUUGAGAAUGCUCAAGAGUGCUCCCAGAACCAACACAGCAGUGCCAAAACAGAGGAUUCAUCUGCAUCUCUGUGUAAGUUCCCACCACCUGGACAGGUGAAGUUAAUACCAUUGCGCUUUCCCAGCCCAGAAAAGCUUCAAGCAAGACCUGUUUCUAGAAGGGCACAGCGUCCAGCCUCACGGAGACCCAAUGCCACUUACUCCGUCCAGGCUGCUGCUACUAAUAGCACAGCUCAGCCCUCCAACUUAGCAGCUGCCCACACCUCUCUGCUGAGUCCUGGCAAACCAACUCAGCCAGUCCUGGAAAAUGCCAGUCAGCCACACUGGACCACUUCAAAACAGCCUGGGCUUUCUCAGUCUGCAACAUCUAAGCCUGCACCCCAGGAAACAGCACCUUCUGCCUCUCUCAGAAGGGGGCCUGUUGCUGCUGCAGUGACCAAGCACAAGCCCCUGCCUCAGUCACAACAUCCAUUUCUCCUCCAAGACUUCAGCCACCAACCCAUUCCCUGGAGGGAACCCACCGUGCCUCAGCCGGUCAUGUCCAGCCCCAUUAGAGCAGAACAGAGGCCCGAGCGCGAAGCCCUGAAGAAACAGGCUCAGCAAGAGAGAGAGUUGGCUGCCAAAUGCACCUCUUUAGGGAAGCUGCAGUUCUUCAGGCAGAGGGAGAAAGACAGGGAAAUUGCCCAGUACUACGGGUAUGCAAGAUGAGAGCCAGCAGCACUGCCCAGCCACCUUGGCCUCCACGGGAUUAUCCACGUAGAUAUGUAGAAAAAUAAGUAGACAUUUGCUGAUUCCAAUAUAAUGUUGAAGGUUAACAUAACCACGUCCUGUUUAAGGGAGGAGUACCGUAGAAGUGAUAGUAAAUAAAGCACCCUUUUGCAUUCUGA